UCACUGAAUUCUCUUGACCUGAUGAAAACAGAAAACGAUUCUAAGGUGAUGGAAUUUGUUCUUUUGGGUUUAUCAUCCUACAAGGAACUACAGCUAUUCCUUAUUUUCAUGUUUUCCUUGUUUUAUGUUGUUACCAUCCUGGGAAACCUCUUGAUAAUGGUGACGGUGGGAGCUGAUGUUCAUCUGCUACAAUCUCCUAUGUACUAUUUCUUGGGCCAUCUCUCCUUCAUUGAUCUAUGCCUGAGCUGUGUUACUGUGCCCAAGGCAUUGGAAGUUUACCUACAGCAGGACAAGACCAUCUCCUUUUCAGGAUGCUUGGCCCAGAUAUACUUUCUGCACUUUCUGGGAGCUAGUGAGAUGUUUCUGCUGACAGUAAUGGCGUAUGAUAGGUAUGUUGCCAUCUGUGAUCCUUUGCACUACCUAACUAUCAUGAACCGCAGGCUAUGUCUUCAAUUGGUAUUGGCCUGUUGGUGUGGAGGCUUUAUCCACUCUGUCUCACAGGUCAUAUUGGUCAUCCAGCUGCCAUUCUGUGGUCCCAAUGAACUAGAUAACUUCUACUGUGAUGUCCCACAGGUCAUCAAGCUGGCCUGCACAGACAUCUUCCUGGUAGAGGUCCUAAUGGUCUCUAACAGUGGUCUGCUGUCUCUUACCUGCUUCUUGGUCUUGCUAUUUUCCUAUGCAGUCAUCCUGAUCACCCUGAGAAAUCACCUUUAUCAGGGCCAGACCAAGGCAUUCUCUACUUGUGCUUCCCAUGUAACAGUGGUUAGCCUAAUCUUUAUUCCUUGUGUAUUUAUUUACCUAAGACCUUUCUGCAGCUUCUCUAUGGAUAAAGUAUUCUCUGUGUUUUACACAGUGAUCACACCUAUGUUAAACCCCUUCAUUUACACACUCAGAAAUACUGAUAUGAAGACAGCUAUGAUGAAGCUGAGAAAAAUAUCAUGUUUCUUUCUGUUGCUUUCUUAA